UUUACAAACACGCAUCAAAGUCUUGGUUGAUGAACGCUCAGAUUGCCAAAUGCAAACGCUUAAAAGACAGAAAGCGGAAAUUUCAAAAAUACACAAAACAAGAAAGAUCAUCUGGUAAGUGUCAGUCAGUGAUAGCUAUAAGUGACCAUCAUGGAUCAAGGGUCAUUUCAAGAACUUGAACAGAAGUUGCUCAAGCUUCAGUCAUCUGACAGUGGAUUACCAAAAGAAAAGUUUCUUGACGGCAUUAUUCUCACUUAUGUAACAGAACAAUCACCUAUAGAUUCUGAAAGAUUCACUCGUCUUUUAGAAAUAACUGGAUCAGAUUUCCCAGUAGUGUUAGCCUGCAAAUCAGAUUCCUUUUGGAAAGCAAUUGAAAAGCAUGAUAACAAUGAUAAAAGUUUUGAACCAAUGAGAAUUCGUAGGAAGAGUAGUAAAAAUUCUUCAAGUGAAGAUCAGAACAGCAUGUGUGGGUCACCUUUAAAGUUAGACAUAAUUGCUGAUUUAUCUUUAAUUGAUAAUGACACUACGUUACCAGUUACCAAGCAAGCUGUUGUGGACUUUGGACUGACAUUGUCAAAGUGCAGAAAGUUGAUAUCACUGUAUUCAAACUUGUACAGCUCAUACAGAAACGAGGUUUCCACUGAAAAAGUCGAAAAUAUUCCUUCACUGGUUGUGUUGUGUGAUGGUGAAAAUAUGAAAUCUGUGUCAACAAUGGUCCUUAAACCACUUCUUGAUAAGCAAAACAAUUUUCUUGGAGUCAAGGUCACUGAAACUCUCUCAAAACCAGGAGAAGAAAAGUCGAAACAUGCGAAACUUCACCCAAAAUUUGCUACAUCUGAUAUUUCAUGUAAGGCAAAGUAUGAUAUCUUAUCAAGUGGCGGGGAACAGAUUCAGCCUGAUUUGCAGGGUUUUCUGAGACUUGAGCAUGAGUGGAGGAAGAAUGUUGGCAAAUCUCUUGUUCUGUUGCACGAUCCACCUUCAGAAGCAAAAGCUGAAGUGAAAAUACAGGUGACUUCUGGGAACACUCGAAGUCCGGCAUUUUCUGUCUUUCAGGAACUUGAAAUUCUACGGUCAGUGGUAGAAGGCCUGGCCACAACACAAGUGAAUUGGAUUGGAACACAAGAACGCCCUCUUGUAGACACUGUCAAGGAUCUGGUUGAACAGUUGAAGCUGGGUCAUGAUAUAGUUGAAUACAGACUAGGGGAGACAACUCAGGAGAAUGAUGACAAUGCAGGGCUUGACUCUGAGCUGUUUGAGGAGAGAAAAGAUAUGGACUUUACAGACCAUCUAUGGAAGAUCUUACAGAAUUGUACAUCUUACUCGGAGCUUGUCCAGUCCUUCAACUACAUUAUAUCCGAGGCACGGAAGGGUGAAUUACAACCUUUCAUCCAUACAUACAAUGCUACCACCAUUGGUCAGAUGGUCAAGGACUCUUACCGAGGUCAGCUACGAGCACCAAGCAUGGCAGGUCUUGGACCUCUACAGUAUCUAGCUGAAAUGGGCGAUCAGAAGUUAACGCAGGACUAUGUGCACAUUUUCUUAUCAAAGAAUCUUGUAAGCAUGGGAAACCUGGAAUAUUAUGUGAAAGGAAAUCUUGAAUUGGAAGAGAAGUUAGAUAGGUUGAAAAAACUUCAGAACACGCUUGAAACUGUAAUCAUGUUAAAACAGUGUCUACAUUUGCCGCAGGCAACCCUAAGUGAAAGUUGUCGACAAAUGUUGAAACAUUACGAGAAUCAUUCUGUGGAUCCUUCACAACAUUUUACAUUCACUGUUCCUACAACGUGCCUGGGAAAUGUUGCGGAGAGUUUUCCACCCUCUGAAUGGAGGGCCGAGGGCAUGAAGAUAGUCGAAGGUGUACCUGAAAGAUUGGUAUAUAAUUUCACUCUAGAACAGCCAUUUGAUUGGGUAAAAACCGACGAUGCCGAGAAGAAGAAUUCAGCUGGAGAUUCAGAUGAACUGACCUAUUUUCUUACUGUUGUUAGAGAAAGUGUUAAUGUACUUUGUUAAGUUUCACACUUGGGUUAAGCAAUGACAAAUACUGUUUAAGCAUGUUAAGUUACACCAGUGUUGUUUUUUUGGUGUUGCUUUCUUUAGGGAAAAAAAAGUAAAAUCAAAUAUUUUAAUACACAGAUGGAUCACAGUUUUCCAUGUGAAGAAUGUGGGUAGAUAUGGUGUAUAAUUGAAUUCAGUGUUUUUUGUGGAAGGGGUGCAUAAAAUACCGACUGAAUAGAGAUUUCUUUCCAUUUGAUAAAAUUGUUAAAAUUCCUGUUUUAUUUUUGACCUCUAGGUAAAUUGUAGAGAAAGGGUUACUCUCAACCAACUCAACAAUUUUUUUAAGGCAUAUAUGAAUAAUGGCUUAUUAUAAAAAAAAAAUCAACAUUAUAUAGAGGCUUUGAAUAUUAUAUGGGGAAAAAAAUGAAUGUGUUAAACAAGUUUGUAAAAAUGUCCCAAUUUUUUAAAAAAAAAUUACUGUAACCCUGCGAAACUUCCCCAUUUCAAAUGCAUGUGCUGUAUAUAUACUAUAGAGACACUGCUUAUGAAGGAUCUAUUAUUAGUUGUCAUUUGUAAUAUAUAUAUUAAAGAAGUGUGGUGGGGGUUCAAGCUUUAUAAUACAGCUUGAACAUCAGGUACAGUAUAUGAAUGUCACCAAUUAUAAUACUUUCUUUUCACUGGAUAUUAGAAGAGUCUGAGAAAAUUUCAAAAUGUGAUAAAACGAUGACUUAGAACUCUAAAAAAGAAAUGUUAUUCAUUGACUUUAUGUAGGGUUUAACUUGUUUAACAGUUGAUACAGCUCUUACAUUUAAUGCCAAACAUGUGUAAUAUACAGAAAUAUGUAAUGGUUAUGUUACAUUAAAAAACAAUUCAUGUCAUGUGACUAAAUAAUCAUAUUACAAUAUUGAUAUCACAUGGUUUUAUAUGUGAGGUUUAAUUUGCUGAUAUCAAAUUUCAUUGUCAGAUCAUUUUUAUAUAAUUUUGGUUAAACAACUGCAUAAGUUUAACUGUUUAUGAUAACUGUUAUGUUUCAAUUGCAGUUUAAAUUUUCGAUGGUUCUACUCAGGUCUACUUGUGUGUGCCUGAAAUAAUGCACUGAAGGGCACCUGAUGUCUUCCUCCAUCAGUAAAAGCUGGAACGUCACCAUAUGACCUAUACUGUGUCGGUGUGACGUAAAACCCAAUAAAACAAACAAAAAUAAACAGUUUAAAUUUGUAAGAAUGGUUGUAUUGAGAAAAACAUAGGAUUCUCUGUAUGAAUAUAGAAUAGUCCGAUUUCAUUACUAUACAAUUAUAAAGUAUUCUGAUUUAUAACUGGUGCUAGCCUUUUAAAUAAAGAAUGCCUGGGAAGUGGGAAGUGGCCGAGUUGGUAAGGUCAUUGACUUCAAACCACUUGCCCCUCACUGCUGUGACUUUGGAUUCUUUCAUGUGAAGAAGCUGUCCAGCUAGUUUAUCAAACAUCAGUGGUUUUACUCAGGUGCCCAUUUGUGCCUGAAAUAAUGCACAGAAGGGCACCUGAGAUCUUCCUCCACCAGUAAAGCUGGAAAGAUGCCAUAUGACCUAUACUGUGUAGGUGCAGCAUAAAAUCCAACCAAAAAAUAAACAAACAGGAAAACAAUGCCUGGGUGAGAAUUUAGACCCUCCCACAUAAUAGUGCAGUAUUUCCUGAAUUGUAACAAUGUAUAUUUAACAGGUCAUGUGUAAAAAUGAUAAAAUAUGAACAUUUUAAAUAUUGAUAAUUUGACAAAUGAACAGUAACAUUAUGAUAUGUUAGGUGAUGUUUACUUUAUAAAUGCUGAUAUGAUAUCUCGUCAUGCAGGCAAACUCUUCUUCCUUUUCAAUCCUAAUUGAUAUUACUUUUUUUCCACUUCCUGGUUAAUGAAUCAUUUAGAAAGUUGAGAAGUUAAACAGCCAUAACUGACGAAAUAAGCAUUUUUUUCAUGUCUGUAUAACUUAAUUGCCUUAUUUAUAGGAAAAUUAAAUAUUGCUUCAUAUGUGCACAUAUUGAUAUCAAUCCUUACAUCAUACUGAAUGAUUAUAAUGGACUUGUCCUGCUUUGGAUUUGGAACAGUCCAUUGUUGAUAUGAGGGAUUUUGAUAUUGACAUCUUAUAAUAGUCAAUAUAGAGAUUGAUCCGAUUGCACAGAUGUGUUGACUGUCCAGACUCUAUACUUUUACUUGUUGCAUAUUUAUGCCUAAUGGCCUGACUAUACUUGUGCUUGUUGCAUGAAUGUGCAUAAUGGCCUGACUAUACAUGUACUUGUUGCAUAAAUGUGCAUAAUGGCCUGACUAUACAUGUACUUGUUGCAUAGAUAUGCACAAUGGCCUGCCUCUAUACUUGUUUUUGUUGCAUAUCUGUACAUAAUGGCCUGACUAUACAUGUACUUGUUGCAUAGAUAUGCACAAUGGCCUGCCUCUAUACUUGUUUUUGUUGCAUAUCUGUACAUAAUGGCCUGACUAUACAUGUACUUGUUGCAUAGAUAUGCACAAUGGCCUGCCUCUAUACUUGUUUUUGUUGCAUAUCUGUACAUAAUGGCCUGACUAUACUAGUACUUGUUGUAUAGAUGUACAUAAUGGCCUGAUUCUAUACUUGCACUUGUUGCAUAUCUGUACAUAAUGGCCUGACUAUACUUGUACUUGUUGCAUAGAUGUACAUAAAGGCCUGACUCUAUACUUGUACUUGUUGCAUAAAUGUAUAUAAUGGCCUGACUAUACUUGUACUUGCUGCAUAGAUGUACAUAAUGGCCUGACUCUAUACUUGUACUUGUUGCAUAGAUGCCCAUAUUGGCCUGAUUUUACUUGUUCUUGUUAAAUGAAUGUGCAUAUUGGUCUGACUGUUGAAUAGGCUUGUUAAUUGAACUGCUUAUGUUAAAAGGUUAAAUGAAUCUCUCAUAUAUUUCUUAAAGUACAUAUUUAUUUGUUACACGCAUGUGAUUUUUGUUAUCAACUUACAAAAUAGUAGUAAAUUGUGCUUAUAUCAAUUACUCCGCCACUGCAAUGUAAGUAUAGGUAAAAUGGCAGGGGCUUUUACUAUCAAUAAGUUACAGCUUUUACGUGUAGGGUAGGGGUCUAGGGUAACAACUGACUGAUGAUACAACAGAUCAUUACAACCUCUGUUGUUACUUGUACUGUAACUGUAUAAAGUUGUAGUACUGGUUAUAUGGUGUUGAAAUUUUAAAACUUUACUUUCUAAUUCAGUGUUAAUAUAUUACCUCUAUAAUAGUUUUGAUAUGUAUAAAUAUCUCCCAUUUGUUAAUUUUUUUCUAAAUUGAAAACUGAAUUUGUGCCUGUUUUACCUAUCUUUUCAAACAGAUUUAUCUUCAGUCAGAAUUUUUAUACAUUAAAGUGCUCUUUCUACAUAAAAGAUGUGUGUGCUAUAUUAGGGAUUUUCAGACUGAAAAGUUUAAACUUUCACUCAUAAAAUUACAUCAUUGUAUAAUAGAUUAAAAGAAUAUAAUGAAGGCAAUUAAUUUUAUGUAUGUACUUUGAAGUAUAGUCACCUCAAGGCAAUAUAUAAUUUACAUUCUUCUACAACUAUAUAUUGAUUAUGAAAUAUUUUAUUUAUGAUUCAAAUGAAUUUGUAUAGAGUACUUCACUGAACUGAUAUUGUAAAUUAAUUGUACAUUUUUAAGGUGUAUUCACGUUUGUAUCAUUUGUAUGUGAAACUGAUUUGUAUGUUAUAAAUAGAUAUAUCUAUAUUUGAACAUUACCUUUAA